GGACGAGUAGACCCAGCCCAUUUAAUGCUGAGUUAGGGUUUUUCCGAAAGCCUAUAAGACCCCAACUCCGCCUCUUUCGGUGCCGCGACCUCUUGGAGCGAGAAGCUGCGGCAGAGGAGAACUAGCCAUGGUUAACGUUAGCUUUUACAGGAACUAUGGGAAGACCUUCAAGAAGCCAAGGCGUCCGUACGAGAAGGAGCGGCUGGACGCGGAGCUGAAGCUGGUUGGAGAGUACGGGCUUCGGUGCAAGAGGGAGUUGUGGAGGGUUCAGUAUGCCCUGAGUAGGAUCAGGAAUGCAGCGAGAGAGCUCCUGACAUUGGAUGAGAAGAACCCAAAGCGGAUUUUUGAGGGUGAGGCUCUGCUUCGCCGGAUGUUUAGAUAUGGGCUUCUGGAGGAAGGGCAGAACAAGCUCGACUAUGUCUUAGCUCUGACCGUGGAGAACUUCCUGGAGCGCAGGCUUCAAACUCAAGUUUUCAAGUCUGGAAUGGCCAAGUCGAUUCAUCAUGCCAGGGUUCUGAUCAGGCAGCGCCAUAUUCGGGUUGGAAGACAGGUGGUGAAUAUUCCAUCAUUUAUGGUGAGGGUUGAUUCAGCUAAACACAUUGAUUUUUCACUCACCAGUCCAUUUGGUGGCGGCCGUCCAGGAAGAGUCAAGCGGAAGAACCAGAGAGCUGCGGCAAAGAAAGCUGCUGGUGGUGGUGGUGAUGAUGGUGAUGAAGAAGAUGAAGAAUAAAACUGAAAUGUUCUUUUGAGACUUAAUUUACAUUUUUCAGAUUAUAUUCUCUUUCCAUCUUUAAGUCAUUUUAAUAGUACAAGUAGUCUUUUUUGCACGAUAAUGCUUUGAACUUGUGAUUCUCAGGAUUCAAUUUUGAUUGAAUGAUUAAAACUGUGGAUGGAUUAGUUUUA